AUGACCCAAUCCGAGCUUUCAGAGUUCCUCGACGCGCCCGCCCUUUUUCACCCAAAGGCUGAAAAAGAUAAAACAGAAGGGGUCCCAGAGGGACCAGGCCAGGUAAUCCGCUAUUCCGGUGAAAAAUACUUGUCGGGCAUCCCAACUCGAGAUAAUAUAGUUGCGGAAAAUGAUGAGGGAUUAACCGCAAUCCUUGAAGACGCUCUAUUCAAUUGCCAAGAAAUACCAUUCAUGGCCACUGAUAAUGAAGGAUCCAGCCAAAAAAUAAAUGGAAAGUAUUGCUAUGUAUUACGGCUCUACGGUUCUCUCAUUAAUGGCCAAAAAGCGAUAGUAAUCCUUUUGGGAAUUCAGGUUUUCUUUGACGUUCUUGUUCCAGACGGAGAGACUCCAGAUGAAUGUGAAAUGAAAAUAAGGGAUAUUCUCUCUGGGGAGGUGGAUACUCAAAAAAUUGAGCAUAUUAAAGCUUUCCCUUUUCGGGGUUAUCAUACAGAAAAAAAGACAUAUUUACGAAUCUAUAUGAGUGGUACCGGUAAAAGAAAAACAGCCAUUAUGGCUGUUCAAGAUAAUAAUUACGAAACUGCUUCAGACGAUUUAUACUCAUUCCACCGUAAGGUGGCUCGAGAGAAUGGAAUUCAACUUUCUGGGUGGUCUAUGCUGGGCAAUUACAUGUACAAGAAAAGGAUUGACCCUCUCUGCCCCCACACAUUUUACUUAUCUAAAAAAUAUUUUCAACCCAUUAAAGACCUUACUACGAUAACUGAUCGUUUCCCUAUUUCAGCACUCAAAAGGGAUCGUACUGUUAUCCUCACAUGGGAUAUAGAAACGCAAUCACAAGAGUUGGGUGAAUUUGCCGAAGUCCUUAAUCUGAAACAAAAUGUCUUUAUGAUUUACAUGACACUGCAUUGGAAAGAUGAUCCAAAACCGCUAAAGCAAAUAUGUCUUGUCGACAUUGAGACAGAACCAGAUCCACGCUGGACCACAAUCGUAUGUGGAAACCAAGAAAAUCUGCUAAAGGCAUUCGCUCUCUGCUGGCGAGCAUUUGCCCCUGACAUCCAAGUUGGGUUUAACGAUUCAGACUAUGAUUGGCGUUUCAUUAUGGAAAGAGCCUAUCAUCUCAACAUUCUCGAAUGGAUAUGGGAGCGGAUGACAGGAAAGUUUGAAACAAAGGAAGAAAUUAUAAAGUGGAAAUAUCGUGGAAAGAUAGGAGCGAAAUCCGAAAAUACUUUUAAGAAGAAAGAAAAGAAAAAGAAUAGUGAGGACAGAGAUAGUGAAAAUACUCUUCACAUUCUUGAGAAUGGAGAGGAGGAUACGGAAGUCAAAGAAUUUCUGGGCGGUCCGAUUAAGAUCAAAAUUUCUGCAGAAGAUAAUUUCUUUUCCAGCUUCCUUAAACUGCCAGGAUGUGUACCAAUUGACGUUAGAGUUUGCCUCAAAAAGCGUUACCCCCGUUCUGAAGUCGAAAAGGAAGGCUCACUUAAAUUCUUCUUACAAAAAUGCGGUCUUGACGCUAAAGUUGACAUGCCAUACAAUAAAAUGUGGAAAACCUAUUCAGAGGCGAAAAAGAACCCGUCCCCAUCAACUGCAAGAAAAAUGCGGGAAGUAGCAUAUUACUGUAUUAUAGAUGCACUGAGUUGCCAGGAGCUUUUGGUAAAGCUAAGUCAAAUAAAUGAAUACAGAGAAGUCGCUUCUAUAGCUUAUGUAUCUUUAUUCGACUCACACUAUCGCGCAAAUGGAAUGAAGGUACGAAACCUUCUAGGCGCUUAUGCUUUUAAACAUGAUAUGCUAUUUAGCGCAAGGAUACCUGAAAAGGUGGAAAAGGGUAAGUAUCCAGGCGCAUAUGUUUUUCCACCUAAAAAAGGUAUCGAGACGAAAAGGCCGGUAACGGGUUUGGAUUUUAGAUCUUUAUAUCCAAGCCUUAUUAUGGCCUAUAACCUCUCUCCAGAAAAGUUUAUAUUUAAUCCAGAGGAGGCUGUCAUUAUAAAAAAGAAUGGGAACAGUUUACACGAGAUUAGCUUUCCAUUCAAUAAGCGCACUAUUCAAGCUUGGUGCGUAAGACAUGAUAAUCGAUCUGAGAAGAAAGGUUUAUACCCGACCGUAUUAGAGGAAUUAUUUGCGAUGAGACAAGAACUUAAAGCGCAACUUGCCUCAUUAGGAAAGAAGAAGGAUCAACUUGGAAAGAUAAUAAGUUCGGUGAAAGAAAAGGGUAAAAGAAUUACUGAGAAGUUAGAUUUAGAAUAUAAAUCUCUUUGCUUCGAAUAUGACUGCUUGAAUUCAAAGCAGAAAGCUGUCAAGCUAUUUAUGAAUACCUUUUAUGGAGAGGCCGGAAACCCAUUAUCUUCAAUCUUUCUCCGUGCAUUGGCCGGAGGAACCACUUCCGCUGGCAAAUACAAUAUCAAACUUGUUGCAGAAUAUGUGGAAAAGAAAGGCUUUGGAACCAAAUAUGGGGAUACUGAUUCUUUGUAUCUUACCUGCCCAGAUAAGUAUUUUGAAAAAUGCGAUGAAGCCUUCUCUAGAAAAGAACUAUCCAAAGAAGCGUACUGGACCGAAAUGGUCAAAAUUACUAUGGAUGUGAUGAAAAAGUUGCGCGAUCAGAUAAAUGCUUAUCUUAGGAUAAAAAGUGGGACCUCUUAUCUAAAAAUGGCUUACGAAGAGGUAUUAUUUCCCGUCUGCUUUACUGGCAAAAAGAAGUACUUUGGAGUCAGGCAUGAAGAUGUAGUAAACUUUAAACCGAAAACCCUUUUCAUGAAAGGGAUAGAAACUGUAAAGCAAGGUAAAUCCCAGCUUCUCAAAUUCAUCGGAGAGAAAAUUAUGAGAGAGGCUAUGGAUAUUAAUAAUACACGCUCAAUUCACGAUAUUGUUGAAGCUACUCUUAGAGAAGCCCAGAACAAGGAAUGGGAUUUCAAUGAUUUUAUCGUAAUGGGUACAUGGAAGCCUAAGAAAAAAAAUCUCUGCAACAAUCGCUUUAUGGAACGUAUGAGGGAGAGAAAUAAGAGGAUUCCCGAUCCCGGCGAACGCUUUAGCUAUGUCGUUGUGAAGGGUCCCCGUCUUCGCAAUGAGAAAGGCCGGUUAAUACCGGUUAGAGUUGGAGAUUAUAUGGAGUAUGCGGACAUAGCAAAAGAGAAAAACAUGGAAAUAGAUAUCAAUUAUUAUUUAGGCACUACGGUUGGAAUGUGCGCACGCUUUAUCAAUGAGGAUGAUAGAUACCAACCACCAGCUUCACAUAAAAUUAUGCAACUUAAAGAUUCGGAUGAAAAGGAAAAGCAGACCGACAAAUAUUCCCAGGAUGAGGCAAUAAAAUGGCUUAAAAAAUAUAUAAAAGACUUACAAUAA